AUGCCUGUCACGCGCGGCGGCAAAGACCGCAUCCACGAAGUCGCCGAAGUCCUCACACGAUGCUUCCACGACGACCCGGUCAUCCACUACUUCCACAACGCACUCACUCCCGCAGCAGAGCGUGACAUCAAGCUGCAGCACUUCAUCGCCCUCGUCACCGCUGCUGCGCUCGCUGGGGCCUCGCUCGAGGAAACGCAAGCAUACAGCGGCGUGUCGAUAUGGAUGCCCCCAGGCACAGAAGUGGGCGGCAACUGGAUUCAUAUCUUCCAGAGCGGCCUCGUUGGCCUGAUCUAUAAGCUAGGCUGGGGCUGCAAGAAGUUUCUGUUUGAAUACACUUCACAUUCUCACGCGCUCGAAAGGAUCUCUGUCAGUCGGGAGUCGUGGUACUUGUUCUUUAUUGCGACAUUGCCGGAAGCACGCGGUCAAGGACUGUGCAGCAGGCUGAUCGAGCCUUACAAGGAGCUGGCAAGGCAUGAGGAUAAGCAGAUUUGGCUCGAAGCGACGACGGAGAAGAGCAAGGCGAUCUAUUUGCAUCUCGGCUUUCGCGUCACCGGCGAAUUCCGUCUUGGCAAAGGCAGCGCAGCGUCCAAUGGCGAUGUGCAAGCCGGCGGACCCGGCGUGCCUGUUUGGGGUAUGCUGUACGAUCCCAGGGAGCAUCCAAAGUGAAUGCAAUUGGUUCAUGCAAACGCUUCUGCCUGGUCAUAAACGCCGAUG